GCGUCAUCACAGACCGUCUCGUGUUUACGUGGAAAACAUGGCGGCGGACUGCCACCAACAAGGAGACAGAUCCUAACCAGGCGUGAUUUUGACAGGGAGCUUCGAGUCAAACAAGGACAUCGAGCACUUAGCCCUUGGAGAUCUAGUCGUAUGAAGCUAUUUCUCUUUUAUUCCAGCUACAGGGUCAGCGGAGAUGGAAGACGAGGAAAGGCAAAAGAAGCUGGAGGCCGGCAAAGCAAAGUUGGCUGAGUAUCGACAGAGAAAAGCCCACGCGGACUCUCAGAAGAAACAGAAGAAGAAGAAAAAGAAGCCUGCAGAGGGUGACUCGGAGGGGGACUCUUUGGGGAGGACGGAGGGGGAGUUGAACCGGACACUUGGGGGAGACGAGCCCGCUGUCCAAGUACAUGAGGGAGGAGACAGGACCCACCCUCCCACCACAGAGUUCUCCCUCAACAAGACUCUGCGCAGUGGAGAAACGGUCAAACAUGAUCAGACCUACACCAUAGAGCCCGAGAGUGAGGUGUCAACAACGGCAGAAGACUAUUCUUCAGAGGUCAAUGGGUGCCACGAGACGACCUUGAGUCUUUCGCUGUCUUCGAAGGAGUUUAUUUGGGAGGAGGUAGAGUCGAUGGAGCGGGUGUCUAGGGGGGGUUCGCUGCAGGAGGUGGAGGAGAUUUUGGCAGAGAAGUCCAGAGAGGUGGAGGAGCUGAGCCGAGAGCUGGAGGAGAUGAGGAGUGCCUUUGGAGCAGAUGGAGUGCAGCAGCUCCAGGACUUUGAGGCAGCCUUGAAACAGCGCGACGGCAUCAUCACUCAGCUGACAGCCAACCUGCAGCAGGCGCGAGAAGAGAAGGACGAGAUCAUGAAGGAGUUUCUGGAGCUGACGGAGCAGAGCCAGAAACUACAAAUUCAGUUUCAACAGCUCCAGGCAGGAGAGAGUCUAAGGAACAGCAGCCACAGCAGCACAGCGGCUGAUCUCCUUCAGGCCAGACAACAGCUCCUCCAGCUCCAACAACAGCUCCAAGAACAGGCCCAGGAGAGGGAGAGGGAGAAGGAGUUGGAGAGGGAGAAGGAGUUGGAGAGGGAGAGGGAGAAGGAGAGGGAGAAGGAGAGGGAGAGGGAGAGGGAGAGGGAGAAGGAGAGGAGAGAGAGGGAGAGGGAGAGGGAGGAGAUGGAGAAGGAGAGGAAGAAAGAGAGGGAGAAGGAAAAAGAGAGGGAGAAUGAGAGAGAGACGGAGAGAGAGGAGACAGAGACCAUCACCCGUCUGCAGGAGAGGAUCAAUGACAUGGCUAUGGAAAAGAAGAGAGCAGAGGAGUGCCUAAAUGAGAAAGACCUGCUGAUCGCGGAACAAGAAAAGACUAUUUUGAAUCAGGAACAAUCAUUGAAAGAGUUGAGGAUGUCCGAGGAAUCUUUUGCACAAACUUUGAAAGCGAAAACCCAGUUACUACUUGAAAAAAGUGCAAUAAUUUCUGAACACGAGCAAUCACUGAAUCGGCUUCGCGAAGAACUGACGCGGGCUGCAGGUGAACAUAAUAUGCAACUGACAGAUGAGAAAGACCAGAUCAUAGCUGAAAAAGACAGGAUCAUUACUGAACGAGAUUAUGCUAUCUCUCAGCUGGAACUGGAGGUGGAGUCUUCGCAAAAACGCCUUCAUGACCUCAGUCAGCAAAUGGCCACAAAGGAGGUGGAGCUAGAGCGAUACCUGGAAACCUUGGAAAGCACUAAGUCUGACCUGGAAAGCUGCAAAAAUGAACUGAAUAACUGUAAAUUGGAUCUAGAAAAAGAGAGAUAUGAGUUAGAAAGCUGUAAGAAUGAGCUGUCUCUAUCUAAACAAAAGGAGCGGAUGUCUUCAAAUGAGAUUAUGCAGCUCAUGGGCACGGUUGAGGAUUUGCAGAAGCGUUGUCAUCAGGGAAGUUUAUCGGAAAACGAAACGAUUCAGAAAAUGCAAGAGGACACAGAAAGGAAGCUGGAAGUCCUCAGAGCAGAGCUAGAUGAGAUGUAUGGACAGCAGAUUGUACAGAUGAAGAUGGAGUUGAACUUGCAAAAUGCUGAAAGAAUGGAGCAAAUAAACCAGCAACAUCAAGCUGAAAUGGAACUUCUCAAAACGCAAUAUUUAUCUGAAACUUUGUCCGCUAGCACUAGUGAAAAAGAGGCGCUUAAUGUUCAAAUUAAGCAGCUUCAAGAAACAAUACAGCAAUCACAAGUAAUUCAUGAUAAAACUGUACAAGAGCUAAACAGAGUCAAUAAAGAAAGACUAGACCUGCAGGAACAGGUGGAUAGUCUCAUGCAAGAUCUUAAAUCUGCUAAAGAACAAGUAGAGCUGGUCUCUCACAAUGCAGUCUCUCAGGAAAGCCAUAAAAGCGAAUUGCAAGUUCUCCAGGACACAAUCGACAAUCUGAAACGCCAACUUGAAAUCGCUCAGGAAAACACACAAGAAAUGCAAGAAAAGUACGAAUCGGAAACAACCAAUUACAAAAUUAAGCUUGAAAUGCUGGAACGGGAGAAAGAUGCGGUACUCGAUCGGAUGGCGGAGUCACAGGAAGCAGAGCUGGACAGACUCAGGACUCAGCUUUUGUUUAGUCAUGAAGAAGAACUUACAAAUCUGAGAGAGGACUUGCAAAGGGAGAGCUUCAUGAAUACUGAAAAUCUCCUUAACGAAGCUGCUAUCAAACAUGAAAAAGCGCUGGACGAUUUGAGGAUCAGUUACGAUGAAAAAAUUAAUUUGUUACAACAAGAAAAGGAAACUGUUGCCACUGAACGGGAGGACCUUUUACAUCAAAUUCUAGAGCUAAAGGAGGAUUUGAACAUGGCUCUGCACAGCUCUAAAGGAGAUGAGUUGGUGCAGCAGUUGCAGGAGUUACAGACAGAGAUUGAAGAGCUAAGGAAAGGAAGGGAGGAGAGGGUAAGACUGGAUAAUGAAAUACAAAAUUUACAAGAAAAGAUGUUAUCAACAGAAAAACAAGCAAAACAAAAUAAACAAAUGUGGGAUGAUGCUUUGAAAGAGCGGCUGUCUGAAAUUGAGGUAUUGAACACGUCUAACAAAGCUUUGAAAGAAGAAAUAGAUUUGAAAAUUAAAGACAUUGAAAGCAUCAGAGCAGAGAGAGACGGAUAUCAGCUACAAGUGGUCACACUCAAAGAGGAGAUGGAGAAGCAGAGGACCACGUUUUCUUUUGCCGAGAAAAACUUUGAAGUGAACUAUCAAGAACUGAAGGACGAGUACGCAUGUCUAGUUAAAGCUAAGACUAAACUAGAGGAGCAAAAGAUACAAGAGACACUGGAGCUGGAGGCGAAAAUCUCCAGCCUUGAGACACAGAUUCAAAAGAUGGAGGACAGAGUUAGCGAAAUUAAAAUGGACGAGGGUAAAAUCGCUGUUGAAAAGGACACUACUGAGUUAAUGGAAAAGCUUAAUGUUACUUUAAUUGAGAAGGAGAGCUUGACUGGGAGGCUACAUGAGGUCACAGAUCAACUAGCAACAGCAGAGAGCAAAGUGGAGUGUUUGGAGGAAGAGCUGAUCAAAGUAAAGCAGGAAAACGCAAAGGUCAUUGCCCAAAAUGAAGACCUCUGCAAAGAGAUUGAGAAAACCCACAAAAAAGCGACUACUGUUUCUAAUACGGAGUGUCAGCAGCUUCGAGGGGAAAUUCAAACUCUUAAGACACUAUUACGAAAGACCGAAGAGGAGAGAGAUAAAAUUCGGCAAACACCGGAGCUCCAAAGGGGAUCGCAAACCCCAUCUCCAGCUUUGGGAGAGGAGGGUCCAGCAGUGAAGGGACCAUCUUUUGCUCGCAAGUCCGCAGCCGCCUUCGGGGCGAACAGGAGAAAAAGGAGACAGAGGAACAAGCAAAACCAGGCUGGUGUGGUUCAGAGCGGGAGAGAGGAGAGAGAGGAAGAAGAGGAGGGAGGUACGCCAGCGGAGGCAGCUACAAGUGCUGCAGAGCCCAGAGAGCAGACUGCUGUUAUGUCAUGCACACACGAGCAGAUCGCUAAGGACGACGAGUCAGAUGAGAGCCACGGAGAAACAGCGAAGCAAAACGCCAGCAAACAGGUGACCAGGCAUGGGAUGAGACAUCGUACUCAGCCUGCAAUGCGUCAGGGAGCUGGAGAAGUGGCACAGUCUGCAGACCAUGGAGAGUGCAGAUUGCAGAUGGAGGCCCAGCACCUCAGCCUGUCUCAGAUUCACGCUGCACAACUGGAGCUGCUACAGGAGGAGGCACAAACCAAAGCAGUGGAAAUGAGACUUCAAAAAGAUCAGCGCGACCAGGCUUUUACAGCUGCUCCAAGGCUGUCCAAAUACCAGAACAUGGUUGAAGCUGUGUCUGAGGAAUGCAGAGAAAUCAUUUUGUUCUUUCAGAAAAUGUUUGGGGAAGACUUUUCAGACACAGCCAUUGCUGAAGAAUCUCCUAUUUCUUCAAAUGAGAGACCUGAAACUAGUGAAUCUUCAUCUGUUGUACAAGCAGCCAGAGAGUUGUACAGAGAUCUGCAGCAGGUCAGGGAUAGCAUCGAGCAGGAGCACCAUCGACUUUCUCAGCUCCAGACUCUGCUCAGGGCAGAUGGGAGCAAGAUGAUGGAGCUGCAAAGUGCGUACGAUAAUCUAAAGAGCAGCACUGACAAAGAGAUCUCAAGCCUGCGUCUCCAGGUCUCCAGCGUUCAAACUUCAAACUUAAGCAAAGAUGUGGGUGAACAUGCACACUCCACCGCCGUCACGUCUACCUCCCAAACCUCUUCGGAAAUUCAGAUGCUCAAAGUUGAGGCUCAGCAGAAGCAGCAGCAGCUUGAACACAGCCACAGACAAGAAGUGGAGAGACUCAGGGCCCACUACCAGCAACAAGCGGCCGAAACGGAGGAGAGGUACGCUACAGAGCUAUUCAUGCUCCAACAACGGCUGCAAGAGGUCGACGCAGCACCCAGCCACUUCAGUUCAUCUACGGACUCCAGCAGUUUUGACAAACAACAUGAGCAGCUCAAGGAGGCUGAAGAGGAGUUUUCAGAGGGAGGGCGGACUACGACUGCACAGCUCCAGUCUCUGAAGAAAGCACUGCAGCAAAAGUAUGUCCAGGAAGUAGAGACUCUGAAGGAGCAGCACCGCGCAGAGCUGAGGAGGCUGACGGAGGAGAGGGGGCGAGGGGCUAGAGGAGAGGAAGAAAGUGUCUCUGGACUAGAACCACAACACUGGGAGAGAGUGGAGGAAGAGGUUGCCAAGGCCAUAGUCCAGAUGUCGGUGGAGUUCGCUCAGAAGACUGAACUGGCUCGUCUCAGUAAAGACUUGGAUCAAACCAGCAGCUCAAUGCAAACCGAAGAGGACGAGGAAGAGGAGGAGACGCCGAGAGCCUCCGUCACCGGGGACUGGGCUGAAUCUGAGCGGGACCAACUGCAGCUCGAGAUACAACAACGAGAUUCAGAAAUACAAAAGCUACGAGAUCAACUCCAGAAAGCAGAACGAGCACUGAACCAGGCUCUGAAGCAGGGAGAAGGUGAAAGAGAAGCUGAGGUGGAGGCGGUGGUGUCAUCCGCAGCCAAAACAACACAUGCGCCAAGAUCACAAGAGGAUGAACACGAGGAUGAGAGGGCGCUGCUGCUUAGAGCCAAUGAGCAGCUCAGUCAGGUUCUGGUGGACGUCUUGACGACAACUUCUGCAGCGGAGAAGACUCUGGGCCUUCAUCUUCAGACUCUGAGAAAAGCUUCCAGCACAGAAAAAGUUAAAGUAACUCCAGCCAGUGGUUCAGGCAGCGAGUCAGGUGCAGAUGAGGAGACUUAUCCGUUUGUGGAUGUGGAGGCAGAAGAGGACCUGGAGAUGUUACAACACAUGGACCAUCUGCUGCAGGGAGCUGCCUCACAGCUGGAAAACCAGGAGUAUCUCACCAACAUCAGCACUCGCCUCCAGAACGCACUCGAGAAGAUGUUGAUGGCCAUAACCAACGCCACUGACCAGCUUGACCAUGCGAGGUUGACACAGACGGAGCUGAUGCGGGAGUCGUUCAGACACAAUCAGGAGAUGAGCGAGCUGCUGCGGCGUCAGGAUGAGCUGCAGGAACGUCUGAUGGAGGAGGCACGAGCGCGAGAACGGCUGGCUCUGGAGCUGCACCGGGCUGAGGGUGUGAUUGAUGGCUACACGGGUGAACGAGCUGCGCUGGAGGAGCAACUGCGUCAAAAAGAAGAGCUACAACAGACUUUGGAGCAGGAGCUAGAGGUGACCAGCUCUCGUCUGCAUGAGCUGGAGCAGGAGCGACUUCAGCUGCAGGAGGAGAGGGAGCUGAUGUCACGGCAACAGGAGGCCAUGAGGGAGGAGGCAGGGCCCCGAGAGCUACGACUAGUUGAAGCUGCAAUGGUUGCAGCUCCAGAAGCAGACCUGCUGGAGGAGACGGAAAAACUGAUGCAGGAGAAGGUGGAGGUGCAGCUCCAGGCUGAGAAGCAGAGCGCAGAUCUCCUGAAGCAGGUGAAGAUCCUGGAGGCGGAGCUGGAGGACCAGGUGACCCGUGUGAUGGAGCUGGAGCAGACGCAGACCAGUGAGACCACUGACCUGCAGCAGCAGAUCCAAGCACUGGAGAAACAGCUCGACAAGAACAGGAGGUUUCUCGAUGAACAAGCUGUGGACCGGGAGCAUGAGAGAGACUUCUUCCAAACUGAGAUUCAGAAACUGGAGGAUCAGCUGAAGUUGUCUCAGAAGCCUCAGUCUGGCUCUGAGCAAAGAAACCUGGAGGUGGAGCAGCUAAACACACAGCUCAAGGAAAAGGCAGACUGGUGCAGUGAGCUGCUGCUGAGCUCGGAGCAGCUGCAGCGAGAGCUGGGCGAGCGCGACCAGGAGAUUGACAAACUGGAGAGCCGCAUCCGCGAGCUGGAGCAGGCCCUGCUGGCCAGCGCAGAGUCCUUGGAGGUUGAACAAAAGAAGCAUCAUGCAUCCAACACAGAGACCAAGCAUCCGAGUCUGGAGGCUCAGCUCCAAACUGAGAGGGAGGCUUUGGAGAGAAAAGAGAAGGAGAUCUGUAACCUGGAGGAACAGCUGGAGCAGUUCAAAGAGGAGCUGGAGAAUAAGAGUGAGGAGCUGCAGCAGCUCCAGAUGCAGCUGGAGAUUCAAAGGAAAGAGAUCGACAGCCAACAGCAAGACCUCGACACCAGGGACAGUCUGCUGCAGGUGGUGGAAGAGAAGGACAGGGAAAUAGCACUUCUUAAUGAACAGAUCUCUAAACAUCAACACACGGACAUUGCCUCUGAUAAUAAGGAAAUGGACGAGAGGGAUGAGCUGGUCAGAGACUUGGAGUCACAGGUAGAGUGUCUCAGAAGUGAACAGCAGCGUCUGAAAAGGGACCAUGAAGAAGAGAUGGAACAACUCAACGCCGUCAUAGACAAACUACAGCAAGAUCUGGCCAACAUCGAGCAGAAAACUGGAGCAGUGGAAGACUACGAAGAAGACAAAGGUUUAGCAGAAAGACCAACAAAUGAGGAGUAUGAUGAAGUUAAGCAGAAGAUGGACUCAGCCACCAAAGAGCUUGACACUCUCAAAUCUGAACAUGGUAAACUUUUGGACACAUAUUUGCGCUUGAAGGAAAGUGCCGAAGCUUUAGCCGAAUCAGAAAAAGCAGAACAUUCAGAAAUCGACCUGGAAGAUGCUCUCAGGGAAAAGACAGCUGCUCUUGUGGUAAUGCAGGCCGAGGUACAGGCACUCGAGCAGAGCGCCACCGACAAAGUGGAGGAGUUGGACAGGCGAAUACAUGAACUUGAGGCUUUAGUGAGUGAAAGAGAUGAUGAGUUGAGUCGCUGUCGCUUCCUAGUGGAGCAAACACAAAAUUACGCAGAUGGUCUCCAGGAAAAGAUUUAUAAAUUAGAGGAAAAUCUAAGGGACAAAGUAGCUUCAGCGCUGGUUAGCCAAGCCACUCUUGAGGCCUUCCAACAGCAGCAAUCUCCACAACCCAAACACCAGCCUGUAGUAUAUGAUUUUGGUAGCUUCAAUAUUCCACACUUGGACAUCAGUGGGUACAGUCAGACUAGAGGGGGUUCCACAGGGAGAGUGGUCCAUCUAACGGAGAAGCUGAGGGAGCUGGAGGUGGGCCUGAGUGGGAUGCAGAAGGACCAGGAGCUGCAGAAUCAGCUUCUGUCCAGUUCAGAGGAGGAUGUGCUGGAGUAUGAGCGCAGACUGGCCCUCCUGAUGGACCUGCUCAGUCAGAUGAAGACCGGGGCCUCCCACAGAUCUGCACCAAUAUUACAGCAGACCCGUUCUUCCUCUGCUGACCAGCCCUCUGAGGCAUCACUCACCAAAGAACAACCCCAGAGCUUCAAAGAGAGCAGCCACCUCCAGGGCACGCUCACUGAGAAAACAAUAGCAAUACAGAGGCUUGAUGAGAAACUUCAAAUGACAUCUUCAAACAGUGGUGAGGAGGCCAGGGUGUCUGAACUCCAAAAAGAACUCAAAAUGGCUCAAAGCGAAGCUUCUGCCGCCAAAGAAGAGCUGAGCAGCUGCAAGGACAGUCUGGAUAAGUUACAGAAGCUGUUACAGGAGCGGGAAAUGACUAUAGCUCAGCUCAAAGGGGAUCUUUUGCAAGCCACUUCAAACAGCAGUGAGGGGUCCAGGGCGUCAGAGCUCCAGCAGCAGCUUAAAGAGGCUCAAAGUGAAGCUUCUGUCACCAAAGAAGAACUGAGCAGCUACAGAGAGAGUGUGGACAAGCUACAGGAGCUGUUACAGGAGCGGGAAAUGACCAUAGCCCAAUUUAAAGAAGAGCUUUUCAAAGCUAAAGAAAAUGAGGACAGAGGCAGCUUUACAGAGGUCCUUCAGAAACUCGAAGAGGCAACAAAAACUGCAGCUUCCACCAAAGACGAACUCAACAGCAUCAAGCAGCAAAAUGUGGAACUGGAGGAUGAGCUUAAGUCUAAUGAAGUGACCAUUUCCAAACUAAAAGAGCAACUCCAGGAGGUCAGGAAGAAUGUGGAGAACACCAAAGAAGAACUAAUCGGGUACAAAGAACAAACUGCAAAACUACAAGAUGAAGCCAGUGAGCGCGAGAGUUUGAUUUCAAGUCUCAAAGUGGAAUUACAGGAAGCACAAUCUGCUUUGGUCAAAGAGACAGACAUCUCAUCUCCUCCUUCACCAUCUCCAUCUCCCCAGCCACCAUCCUCUUCGUCCUCCUCUAUCACUCAGUCCAAAAAGAAAGGGGUAAAACAGCCUGCUUCAAAAGCCAACAGCGCCAAAGAAAAGUCCUCUCUCUCCAGGAAAAACUCCUCUUCUAGUCACUCGUCCCACAAAUCACACAGUCUGAAGUCCAAUGGCAGCACAGAGCAACAUCACGUUAUAGAUGCAUUCACACAAACAGAAAAUUUACAAAUAUCCAAUCAGGGCGCAGUUGAGUCUUGUGAGACUAAAGAUGAGGUGGAGGAGGUGAUCACGAAGUUUCAGGAGAAGAUCGAGCAAAUGCAGGAACUUCACGCAGCCGAAAUAUUGGACAUGGAGUCGAGACACAUUGCAGAAAGUGAAAAUCUACGGCGAGACACACAAGCGCUGGAGGACGAAUGUAAGGCGCUGAAGACAGUCAUCGAAAAACUGCGAUCAAAUGAGGCUUCAUCGGUAAAACACGAGCAUUCACCGUCCCAGUUCAAAGAUGGCUACACCAGUGACAGUAGUUCUGACUUCAGUCAGCGUACAGGAUACGACCUCCCCAAUCUCCAGCAUGAGUACAGGACCACUCCAGAGGGUGCAAGGAGAGACAAUGAUGAGACGUUACCAGAUCGGAUCAAGACAUUGCUCCGUGAGGUCCAUCAAGAGGGCAUGCAGGUGCUGUCCCUGUCAGAGCUGCCCCUGUCUGAAGCUGAUCCCAGUGCUCAGUUCAAUGUCCAAGGCUGGAUCAAGGAACGUGACGCCCUUCUGUCUACUGUGGAGUCUCUGAAAAGCCUCAUCACCUCCAUGCAAACACACUCACAAUCACAGACAUCUGUUGGUGUGGACUGGCGCGGGCAGCUGCUGGAUGCUGUGCAGAAGGUCUUUCAGAAUGAGAGAAGCGUUUUGAAAAACACUUUGUACAGCCAACUGGACCUGCUGGACACCAGCGACGCAAUCAUCCACCUCAAUCAGCUCGAGCAAAGACUGGCUGAGCAGGAUGCUCAGCAAAGGGAAGCGUUUGGGCUGCUCCAUAGCGCUGACCGGUCCAGUCUCCUUUCUGAAAUACACCAGCUGCGAAGUCAAAUCGAGCAGCUUCAUCAAGGUGGUGACCCUGCGACAGUAUUAGGUGCAGAGUUCAGUCUGAAGGGGCACCCUGAGGUGGGGAGCGAGCGGGUGCUGGUGGAGGAGCUGAAGACUGAAUUGUCUCAAACCAAACUGGAAUUAGAGACGACACUGAAGGCCCAACAUAAACAUAUCAAAGAACUCGACACUCUAAGGGCGGAGGUGUCACAGAAGGCCUCCGAGGUGGAUGCCUUGAAUGACCAGCUGAUCGAGGAGAAGAAGAAGAGCAGAGAGCUGCAGUGGGCCGUGGAGAAGGAACGCUGUCGAACUGGGAGGAGCGAGGAGAGCCAACGAGAGGAGCUUGAGGACCUCCAGUUGGACCUCGAGGAGCAGAGGUCUGUGGUGUCACGCUUAAACUCUGAGUUGGAGCAGCAGCGUGAGGCCUCCGCUCAGUCGUCACAGCAACUCGAACAGGAGCGCCUCAGCCUCCAGAGACGCCUCCAGGAGCUCCAGGUGCAGCUGGACACAGAGCGAGCCAAAGCCCAGGAGAUGAGCUCCGCCCUGGGCCGUGAAAGGGAGCUACGCAGGGGUGGGUCCACAGAUGGUGCUGGUCCCGGCACUGCAGAGGGAGGAGAGGAGGAAAAACAUGGAACAGAGGAGGAUGGAACCAUGUUGGAGAAACUGCAAAAAGAGCUGGAUGACAAACACGCACAGGUGGUCCAACUCUUGGGUCAAGUUGAGGCGCAGAAACUGGAGGUGGUGCGUAAAGACGAGGAGCUGACUUUGGUGAAUCAACGUUCGACCCGGGAUCACGAGGCUCUGCUGGAGGCUCAGGCCCAACUGGAAAAGGUCAAAACCCAAAUGAGACAGACCCAAGAGCAGCUGGACAGAGAGGUGCAGAGGGGCAAACAGCUGGAGGAGCAGAAGAGCAGACUGGAGCAGAGGCUGAGGAGAGGAGAGGACACCGGAGAUGGGGCUGGACCUAUGCAAGCCGAGGGCCACACUACCCAGUGGGAGAGCGAGACCUCAGACCGGACUAAGGACUGGGUGAUGCAGCAGAAGACCUCAAGUCCGUCAUCUCCUCUGGACCUGACUGGAUCUGGUCCCAGCUCAGGUCUGCACCACGGGCCCUGGCGCACGGUCGACAACAUCCUGGGAAAACUACACCUGGUCUCCUCUAAGAUCCAUGGCCUCGUCAACAAGGCUGCUGGAAGACCCACUGAGGUUGACAGUGAAGAGCUGUCCUGGGUUCAGUCCAACAUUGAUGAGGUCAUUUCAAUGUUAAAGCAAUUCCCGGGUCUCCCUCCCCUCCCAGAGAGCUCCUCUUUGGCCGGUGGCUCCAGCUCCCUCACAGAGCGGCUGCUGAGACAGAACGCAGAGCUCACAGGAUUCGUCAGCCGUUUGACCGAAGAGAAGAACGAUCUGAGGAACCAAAUGCUGAGACUGGAGGAGGAGCUACGGAGAUACAGGCACAACGCUCUGGGCUCCACUGACGCUAUGAGCAGCCGGAGAUCAGGGCAGAAGGGGGACAGCUCCAGUGUGCUGCUGUCUCAGGAGCGUCAGGCCUGGGCCCUGGAGAGAGCCAGACUCGAGAAAGCUCUACUUCAGGCUCAGAGUCAGAUAGCCCGACUCAAAACUGAAGUCAAGACCGAAACGCUAAGGGAAAUCAGCGGACCUGAAGCUGACAAUGCUGCACUAAAGAGGAUGUAUGGGAAGUACUUGAGGUCCGAGAGUUUCCGUAAAGCUCUGGUCUAUCAGAAGAAGUACCUGCUGCUGCUGUUGGGAGGGUUCCAGGAGUGUGAGGAGGCUACUCUCAUGCUCCUGUCCCGGAUGGGCGGACGACCUGCUCUGUCCAGCCUCGAGUCCUUCAGCCAGCGCCGCAAAGGGCUCACGCGCUUCAGAUCUGCAGUCAGGGUCUCUAUCGCCCUCUCCAGGAUGCGUUUUCUGGUGAAGAGGUGGCAUAAAGCGACUGGGAUAAGCAGCUCAGCAUCGCCCACAGUCACUAAAAAUGGCUCAGGUCAAACUUUAGGUACUGAUGUGAGAGACUCGCCUUACCUUCGCCCGGGCAGUGUGGAGACUCAGAGAGACAGAGGAGGAGUCUCCAGUAGCAGAGGACGCAGUGGAAGGGAGUCCCCCAGAUCAGCUGUCUCCCCCGCUCAACACAGGUACCACGUGUCCGGGGAGCACGGCCCUUUCACCUGUUCUCAUCUCCAAAACUACGACCCAGAUCGAGCGCUCACAGACUACAUCUCCAGACUGGAGGCUCUGCAGAGGAGGCUGGGGAGUGUCACAUCAGGUGCUUCUUCUUCAUAUGCGCCGUUGCACUUUGGCUUGAGGAGGUAGAUGCUGUGGAGGUUACUUUGGCUUGAAGAAACUCAGAUGCCUUUUGAUGUGCUGAGCGUUCUGCUGUUUUCUACCAUUCUGCUGUGGACUGUACUUUCAUGUGGACCAAACGCAUUUUUUUAUUAGUGUACGAAUUGUUGUUAUCAGGCUUUUUGUCGCCAGCACUUGAAAAUAACGGCUAUGUUUGUAAUUAAAUCUGCCUCUCUGUUGUGGAAGAUCAGUUGUGUAUAUUUGUCUACUGCUAAUUUAAGACUUGAUUAAUUUAUACGUAUGUUUUUGCUGAAUGGGAGCGUUGUGUUGAGAGUGGGUGGGUUUACUGUCAUGGAGGCUGCUACUGGAUCCUCACUACACUGUGUUUUGUUUAGGGCGGAAAGACGACAUUUGUAGAGAACGUAUUUUUGUAAAGCCCAGGACCUAUGAAUUUUUGGGGUAUUUUGUCAAAAACUGAAUUAAAGAGGAAUACACUAUCUUAAAA